ACAGAAUUACACUGUAAACUAACAUGACAAGCAGGAGGAGAUUUUAAUUGCUUACUUUUAAAAACUGAAUGUCUGAGUGAUGAUGAAUAUGUGGGCCAUUCUUCUGCUGAACUUGGCUUUUUGCUCUGCAUCACCAGUGCCUUUACUAAAUGUAACUGUCAUUGAUAAGGAAUGGAGGGAUAUUCCUGAAAUAAACAAAGGUUUACAUCUUAAAGAGGGAGACAUCAUGGUGCCAAAGGAAAGGAGUACAAUUUUGGGAGAUCAAUACCGCUGGCAAAUCCCUGUCCCCUAUUUGCUGAGUUCUAAUCUGGAUAUAAACUAUAAAGGAGUUAUACUGAGGGCCUUUGAGCGGUUCAGCCUGAAAUCAUGUAUUGACUUUAAGCCUAGGACAACAGAAGAUUUUUACAUUUCUGUAGAGAGGCUUGAAGGGUGUUGGUCAUAUGUCGGGCGAAGAUCUUCCCCUGGGCAAACUGUUUCCAUUGGGGAUGGCUGUGGAUUUAUAGCAAUUGUUGAGCACGAGUUUCUCCAUGCACUGGGAUUUCGCCAUGAGCAAUCAAGAUAUGACAGAGAUGAUUAUGUGACAAUCAAUUAUGAAAACAUAAUUGCAGGGAAAGAAAGCAAUUUCGAUAAAUACAGUGAGAAAGUGACAAGCCUCCAAGGUACCCCAUACGACUACAUGUCUGUGAUGCAUUAUGCUAAAAACGCCUUCAGCAAUGGUAGUGGAUCCACAAUCAUUACAAAGCGUCCUGAGUUUCAAGAUGUGAUUGGUCAGCGUAUAGACAUGAGUGAAUAUGAUGCUAUUGAGCUCAAUAAACUCUACAGUUGUAAUACGUCCACCUCUUUCCUUGAUCACUGUAGUUUUGAUGACGACUCUCUGUGUCAUAUGAAUGUUUUUUCUUCUACUCAACCCGGAUGGCAGAGAGUGAGUUCAGUGACAGGCGUCAAUGUAGCUGAUCACACCUACUUGGGCAAAGAGGCAAAUGGGACCUCUUUCUUCAUGCACUUCAGUCUGGUGGACAGAAAUGAGGGCGACUCAGCUAGACUGGAGAGCAGAGCAAUGACACCGACAAGAGAUUGUAAAGUUCAAUGCGUCCAGUUUUAUUACUUUCACAGUGGCAAUGUGAACGACCAGCUGAACAUCUGGAUCAGGGAAUACAAGAAUGCAGAUGACAGCACAGGAACUCUGAGACUUAUGGAUCAGAUCACAGGAACCCCUGAUUAUUACUGGCGGCUGCACCACGUGACACUAAAUGCAUAUAAAAACUUUCAAGUCGUAUUUGAAGCCCGUAAAGGAGCUGGAAACUCCAGUGGAGGCUUUUCAUUGGAUGAUAUCAAUAUUUCACAGACAGAGUGCCCUAAAAUAUGGCAGAUAAGGAAUAUUGAGAAGCUAUUGAACACCCGAUUUAAUACCCUUAAAAGUCCACUGUAUUACUCUAAUGAAGGUUAUCGCUAUCAGGUUUUCUUGGACAACUUUCCAUCUUACCUUAAUUUGAGUUUUCGUCUGGUAUCCGGUGAGUUUGAUAAGCAGCUGCAGUGGCCUUGUGCAUGGAGACAAGUUACCUUUCAGAUUCUUGACCAGAAUCCACACAUACAGAAGCGCAUGUCCAUUGAGCGGAGCUUCACCAAUGACCUAUCUUUGACUUCGGUUAACAGGUAUGUGUGGGACAAUCCUCGAAAUAACGGAACUGUAAACACCAUUGGAAAUGAGACUGUAUAUGUGGGUCCUAAUGUAUACAAAAAAUUUAACAAAGCUGACCUCAGUAAAAGAGAUUUCAUCAAGGGUGGUGACAUCAUAGUUCUUAUUAGUAUGCAAGAUAUCUCAGGGCUGCUUCAGAGUAAUUCUGUACCCUGCCCGAAUGUAAAAGUGAAGAACAUCAAUGCUACUCCUUAUGUAAGUGCCAGCCAAGGACCCUGCAUUUCCAGCUCCAGUGUCAGGACUCUUCCAUCCUCUCUGAUCCUCUUACUGGUUUUGUGUCUUUUGCUGCUGAAGUAAUGAGAAAUAACUGCUGUGAGAGUUCUAUGACUUCACACAAAUUCAGAUUUAAAACAGUUCUUCUUUGUUCGCAUAUGUAUGCAUGAAAAAAGUAACAUUUAAUCCAAUGAUCCCUACAAUGCUUGAUUUUACUGUGCAAUAUCCUAUUCUAAACCUAAACCAUGAGAAAUUAUAUAUUAUAUAUUGUUGGAGAGGUCUAAGAUUCCAUAAUAAAUAUUUGACCAGUGUUUUUUUAUAUAAAUUAUGUAGGUAAAGUAAUGUAGUAAACAGCAUAAAACAAGGCAUUCUAGAGCCCCAAGCUUUAUGGCAGGGCCCCUCUCCACCUGCCAAGGUGUAAAAAGGUUUGCUUGUGAUGUAAUGUUAAUCUUAGCUUAUAUAUUUAUCAAUAUAAUAUUGUCAUGAAAGUUUUUUUCUGCCUUUUUAAAGUAAUGAUUAUUUGACAUUUCAUUUUCACUAUAACCUUGAGCCAACACUCACAAUUUUAAAAUUUAAAGGCAAAGUUGAAAAGGAAUCUUCAAAUAGGUUUACAGUAUCUGCUCAUGUCAAAGAGACUGUCUACCUCUACAUCUUUGUUAUAAUAAUAUCAUAUUAUUUUGAAUGUAGACGCAUAUCAAACAUGCUCAAGACCCUGCAGCCAGUUGAAAAUACCUGUUACUUCAACUUUGGCAGAUUCCUUUUGAAAUUUACCUUUUAAUUUGAAUAUUGGCAAUAUUGAAGAUUAUAGUAAAAAUGAAAUGUCAAAAAACUAAUUGGAUUUUAUUUGUCUAUUUGACAAGGAAGAUGCAUUAUCACCUUGAAUAACAAAAUAAUUUUAAUUAAUUAAAUAAUUUCAUUUUAUUUUCAUUUUUGGCACAUGUUUUGCACUUAUUAUUAUUUUCAUUUUAUCAUUUAAUUAAUUAUUUUAAAAUUGGCAGAAAAAAACUUGAAUAAUUUAGAGCUUUUUGUGAUUUAUAAAUUCUAUAUCAAGUAACAUAUAUAUGUAUAUGCUAUUGUAAAAUGUUUGAAUGUUACUGUAAGAGAACCAAUAUCCAUACAGCUUAUACAAAGAGUAAAAAAUA